CUGUGAAAAUCAAGAAGCCCAUCAAGACCAAGUUCCGAAUGCCGGUGUUCAACUGGGUCGCCCUCAAGCCCAACCAGAUCAAUGGGACGGUCUUCAACGAGAUAGAUGACGAAAGGAUCCUGGAGGAUUUGAAUGUGGAUGAAUUUGAGGAAAUAUUCAAAACGAAAGCCCAAGGUCCAGCCAUUGAUCUCACCUCGAGCAAGCAAAAGAUAACUCAGAAAGGGCCAAACAAAGUCACGUUACUGGAUGCCAACAGGGCCAAAAAUCUUGCCAUUACUUUAAGGAAAGCUGGAAAGACGGCGGAUGAAAUAUGCAAAGCUAUCCACGUGUUUGACCUGAAAACGUUGCCUGUGGAUUUUGUUGAAUGCCUCAUGCGGUUCCUGCCCACCGAGAACGAAGUGAAAGUGCUGCGGCUCUACGAGCGGGAAAGGAAACCCAUCGAGAACCUGUCCGACGAGGACCGGUUCAUGAUGCAGUUCAGCAAGAUUGAGAGGCUGAUGCAGAAGAUGACCAUCAUGGCCUUCAUAGGCAACUUUGCGGAGAGCAUCCAGAUGCUGACGCCG